AUGUUGGACUCCCUUCCUCAGGAAAUCACUCAUGAUAUCCUAUUUAGACUACCCACUAAAUCUUUGAUCCAAUGCACCUCGGUGUGCAAGCCAUGGAGAUCCAUGAUCAUAAACCAAAGUUUCAUUCAGUACCACCUUAGGCGAACCAUCAGUUUCAAUAAACGGAAUGACAUUCACCUCCUCCUAGUCCACAGUGUUUCUGGUAAUCGUACAACUUCUGUUAGAACCCACCGCCACACAACGGUCAUGUCUGAUAUAAGUCAAGAGGUCUUUUCUGUGCAUUAUGAUAACCAGGAUUUUGACAAGAACUCCGAGAUAGAAUUUCCAAGUGCUCUCAAGGAAGAACUGCGGAAUGAUAUUCUUCACGUUGUCGGUAUUUGUAACGGUCUGGUAUGCUUUGCAGAGGAUAUGCAUUGUUAUGGUAACAGCUUCAUAAUAUGGAACCCAUUUAUUAGGAAGUCAGUAACCCUUCCCAACCCUGGUAUUACUUUUCCCAUGUAUAACAGCAUUCCCAAUUAUGGCGGAUUUGCUGCGGCUAUUGAUUUCGGUUUUGAUGAUAUGACAGCUGACUAUAAGGUUGUUAGAGUUGCCACCCCUAGCAAUGAACUUAGAGGUCCAACCAUGGCUGAAGUUUAUUCACUAGCCACUGGCUCGUGGAGGAGUCUUGGUUCCGUUGCUCCUCAAUGUGCAAUAUAUGGAAGAAAAAAACACCUUUUCUUUAAUGGAGCUCUUCAUUGGCCUGCUGUACGUAGGACAAGGGAUGAUCAUUUUAUAUUGACAUUUGAUGUGUGCAGUGAGUUAUUUCGCAAGAUAUCGAUGCCAAAGAGUGUCAUCUGGAGGUCCCCAUUGGGAUUGUUGUUGUCUGUUUCAGGAGACAGAAAAUCUAUAGCUCUAUUCGUGAUGGAUGACACUUCUAAAGAAUAUCUUGAUAUAUGGGUGAUGAAAGAGUAUGGCGUGAGGGAGUCCUGGACUAAAUUGAUUAGUCUCGGUCCACAAGAUCCGGAAAAACUUUUACCUCGAGCGUUAUGUUUUAGAAAGAAUGGUGAAGUAUUAGUAAUGCUUCUUGAUGGAGGCAUGUACCUUAACUUCGGAACCGCAAUAACAAAGGGUGUAUUUGUUUCCCUAGACCUUGUGAGCAAACAGUUGAAAAACCUUGAGGUUUGUGGACCAUAUUGCUCUGUUGAUUCCUUCGAAGAGAGCCACCUCUUGCUGGACAAGACCGAUGCGGUUUCUCACUAA